AAAUUCAAAAUUUAUUGUCCCCAUUUAACGAGUUUCGAAAAGAAAAGCCAUAGCAUGGGAAAAUCACUAUUGGGUGCUGGAUCCGUGGAUUCGUCAUAUAGAUACGCCCAAUUCUUAUUGAAGCUGACAUAGCGUGCGUCUCAAGUAUUCUGUAGCCGAAAGUUUUCGUCCUUGAAGGAUGAGUUGGUGAAGAAAAUACCGCAGGAACGAGAGCGCAUGCUAGGCAUUAAGUGUCUGCACGGCAAUAAAACACUCGGCGACAUUAAAAUAGCCAAUGUGAUGGGGGGACUGCGUGGCCUGCCGCUGUUGAUGUGUGAUACUUCGUAUGUGGACGCCCUGAAUGGCAUAUUCUAUCGUGGCAUUAUGCUGAAGGAUGUUGUCAAAAAACUGCCACGCAGCGAGGGCGGCAAGGAGGGUACACCAGAGGGUGCCUUUUGGUUGCUGACUCUCGGUAAUAUGCCCACAAAGGAUCAGGCGCAAAGCAUCACCUGUGAGUGGAAUGAGCGCGGCAAGCUGCCAGACUAUGUUACCAAGCUGCUCGACUCCAUGGACAAAAAGAUACAUCCCAUGGCGCAAUUCAUUGCGGCCAUCGCCUGCCUCAAUCCAGAGAGCCAGUUCGUCAAGGCCUACAACAAGGGAGCCAAGAAGCCCAAAUAUUGGGAGUACAUUUAUGAGGACUCGAUGAACCUCUGCGCCUACCUCAUCUCAGUUGCGGCCAUCAUUUACGGAAAUGUUUUCAAGGAGGGGAAGGGCGAACGCAAGCUGGACGGCAACUUGGACUGGUCGGGCAACUUUUGCAAGAUGCUUGGCUUCGAUGACAAGAACUUCUUCGAUCUAAUGCGUCUGUAUUUGGUGCUGCACGCUGACCACGAGGGCGGUAACGUUUCGGCGCACACCACCCACUUGGUGGGGUCUGCGCUCAGCGAUCCGUAUUUGUCUUUUUCUGCCGCCAUGUGCGGACUGGCAGGACCUUUGCAUGGCUUGGCCAACCAGGAGGUGCUGGUUUGGCUAACCGAUUUGAAGAAAACGAUCGGUGAAGAUCCCAAAGACGAUGAGAUUAUCAAGUUCGUGAACGAUACUCUGGCCUCUGGGCGUGUGGUACCUGGUUAUGGUCAUGCCGUGUUGCGGGACACAGAUCCACGCUUCGUACUGCAGAACGAAUUCGCGAUGAAAAACUGCAAGGACGAUGUGAAUGUCAAACUGGUGACCCGUCUGUGGAAACUUAUACCAGACAUACUGAAGAAGCUCGGAAAAGUGUCCAAUCCCUAUCCGAAUGUCGAUGCACAUUCUGGCGUCCUCCUGCAACACUAUUGCCUGCGAGAAAGCCAAUUCUACACCGUACUGUUCGGCGUCUCAAGAGCUCUGGGCGUUCUAGCGCAACUCAUUUGGGCCCGUGCCCUCGGAGCGCCCCUUGAGCGCCCAAAAUCGUUCACCACCUCGUUCCUUUGCCAAUACAUUAACGAGCAGGAGAAGAAAAACGAGAAGAAGUAAAUGGUAGCGAAGCAAAUGGUAUAAUAUAUAUUCAGUUGAUCCUACAAUCCGAUCCCAGUGGUAUAUAUAUUGGCAGCACUACUAUCACUGUAUUUAAGCAGAAUUGUAAUUGCCUUUGUGACCAAACUCUAAUAAAAGUUUAAAACAAUUCUUUGUACAAAA